AUGAAUGCUUUGAUGGAUCAAAAGAUUGAAGCUGCACUUGAUAAAGUUUUUAAUGCAAUUAUCGACUCUGAGGUUUUAGCUUUAAUUAAUUCUGGUAAUAAUUUUUCAGAUGCAGUCAAUUUAUGGGCAGAAAGAAAUGGUCAAAAAGUUUCGAAUGUACCAAAGAAAAAAAGUAAAUUUGCCAUGGAAAUUCAAGAUUUAGAUGAUGAUGUAAUUAAAGAACUAUGCAGAACUCAAUAUCAAAUAUUCACUGGUGAUGCUGAAAGAUGCAUAAGCCUAUUAUCUGAUGAUAGAUUUAAUGAAUACUCAUUAAAUUCCCUUGUAUUUGCAAUGGCACACUAUGUUUCUGGUCAAUUGGAAUGUAUUGCCAAUGGUAUCACAUGGGGUUUUCCAGAGGGUUAUAUUGAAGGAAAUGGAGGAAGUGUUGUUGGUGUAAAGACAAAACUUCAUGAAAGAAUCAACAAGUUCCAUAUGGAUUUCAAAAAGGCUAUAAUAAAGUAUUAA